GUAGAAAGCAUCUCAGGGUUUUACUAUCUCUCACUCCCUCUCUUUGGGGUUUUAGACAGAAAAAGAAAACCAGAUAUCGGAGCCUCACCGGAGCUCAGAUCGCCAUGGACGUCAUCAAGACGCAGCAAAUUUCGGCGAGGUCGAUCGAGAAGGUGAUAGUUCACCCGCUGGUGCUACUCAGCAUCGUCGACAACUACAACCGAGUCGCCAAGGACACUCACAAACGCGUCGUCGGAGUUCUUCUCGGAAGCACUUACAAAGGCGUCGUCGACAUCUCCAACAGCUACGCAGUGCCCUUUGAAGAAGAUGACAAAGACCCUAGCAUUUGGUUUCUUGACCACAACUAUCAUGAGGCAAUGUUCUCCAUGUUCAAGAGAAUCAAUGCAAAGGAGCACGUCAUAGGUUGGUACAGUACGGGGCCGAAACUGCGAGAGAAUGAUCUUGAUGUUCACAGCUUGUUCCACAACUAUUGCCCAAAUCCUGUGUUGGUCAUUAUUGAUGUAAAGCCAAAGGAGCUGGGAAUACCCACCAAAGCAUACUAUGAUGUUGAAGAAGUUAAAGAGAAUGCAACUCAAAAGAGCCAGAAAGUUUUUGUUCAUGUGAGCUCUGAAAUUGCUGCUCAUGAGGUUGAGGAAAUCGGAGUGGAACACUUAUUAAGGGAUGUGAAGGAUACAACCAUCAGCACACUUGCAAAUGAGGUUACUGGAAAAAUUACUGCUCUGAAGGGCUUGGAUGCACGGUUACGAGAAAUACGCAGUUACCUAGAUCUGGUGAUUGAUGAAAAGCUUCCACUAAAUCAUGAGAUACUUUACCAUUUGCAGGACGUGUUCAAUCUGCUUCCGAAUCUUAAUGUGGCUGAGUUAGUCAAGGGAUUUGCAGUAAAAACAAAUGACAUGAUGUUGGUUAUAUAUCUUUCAUCUCUCAUUCGUAGUGUCAUUGCCCUCCACAACUUGAUCAAUAACAAGAUGCUAAACAAAGAACAUGAAAAAGCUGAGGAUGCGAAGCCAGCAACAGCCCCGUCUACUGCUGCAAGCUGAAAAUCAUGAUUUAGAGGUGAUUUGGGUGUCAGCUGUGAUCUAUUACAACAGAGAUGAUCCGUUACUGACAGUUUCUAGAGAAAAUUUUGUAUUCCCGGUAUAGACAGAGCUUGCAGGUUGAAGUAUUUUUGUCAUCGGCAGUGUUAGCAUUUAGUACCAUGCUCUGUAAUUCACUGCAUUAAGUGUAGACUCCCAUUUAUCGACUGACCAAUGUUUGCAACUUUGCAUAUAUGCGUUAGUACACUGUAACCUUUUCAUCUUGUUGUGGAUAUUCACAUGGAAGUUUAUGAAAAUAUCAUCCAUCACAAACAACUAUCAGAUACGCUUUGGCAUUGGCUUUUGACAGAAGCAAGGUCUUCAAUGGCCUCGAGUCCUCCAUCGCUGUACAUUAAACCGACUUCCAUCCGGAGCUAUCUUCAAACCUAAAUCCUAAAUAACUCAAGCGCUAGAGACCGAGGCUAUGUGAAUGUCCAAGUGGAAGGCGACUCGAAGCUCGUGAUUGAUGCCAUCAAUGGGAAAUUAUCCCCUCCAUGGAGAUUGCAGAAGAUU